GAAUAUUUCACUUUUUUCUUACUGGCACUAUUUUAUUCAGAUAGUGUUAUUUGUACGCCAAUAAUAUUCCAAAUCCUAUUAUUAUUCAUUGAUUUCAAAUUUUAAUUUUAUCUUUUUUGGAAUUUUUUGUAAGUUCAAGAAUAAUUUUUGAGCUUUUGGUGUUUUUGAUUCAAAGGGCAAGAAUGAAUGGAAAAAUCUCAAAAUCUUUGUGUGUGGAGAAUGCUAAGGAGCUUCUCGAUUCUGUUGAUGCAUUUGUCUUCGAUUGCGAUGGUGUGAUUUGGAAGGGGGCGAAAUUGAUUGAUGGAGUCCCCGAAACACUCAACUUGCUUCGCUCUCAUGGUAAGAAGCUGGUAUUUGUAACAAACAACUCAACAAAAUCAAGAAAGCAAUACGCGAAGAAGUUCCUUUCCCUUGGAAUUCUUGUUAAUGAGGAUGAAAUAUUUUCGUCCUCAUUUGCUGCAGCAAUGUAUCUGAAAGUCAAUGACUUUCCAAGAGAAAAGAAGGUUUAUGUAAUAGGCGAGGAAGGCAUACUGGAAGAACUGGAGCAAGCUGGGUUUACAGCACUAGGUGGCCCGGCAGAUGGAAAGAAGAAUAUUGAACUGAAGUCAGAUUGUCUCUUUGAGCAUGAUAAGAAUGUUGGAGCUGUAAUCGUUGGACUUGACCAACAUAUCAACUUUUAUAAGCUACAGUAUGGAACUCUUUGCAUCCGUGAGAAUCCUGGUUGCCUUUUUAUCGCGACCAAUCGUGAUGCAGUGGGACAUUUAACUGAUCUUCAAGAGUGGCCUGGUGCGGGAUGUAUGGUUGCUGCAAUAUGCGGAACAACCCAAAAAGAGCCUAUUACAGUUGGGAAGCCAUCGACCUUUCUGAUGGACUUUCUAUUGCAGAAGUAUAACAUCACUACAUCCAGGAUGUGCAUGGUGGGUGACAGACUGGACACCGAUAUUCUAUUUGGACAGAAUGCCGGGUGUAGAACUCUCCUUGUAUUUUCAGGUGUAACAAAUGAAUCAAAUUAUGAAGAUCUAUCCAAAGAAGUUAAACCAGAAUACUAUACCAAUUCUAUAGCUGACAUGCUCAGGUAUAUCUAGAUUGAUAUUUGAAGGUGGUAUGUUAUGUUUACCAUUCUUUGCAAACAGCAAAAGCUGCCUGCCCAUUGUUGAAACAAGUUAAUUACUUAUUAGAAAAUGGUUCCGAAUGGAUCAGUCUUUUAGUUCUUCCGUAUUAGAAUAACAAAGGAGGACGUUGCAGAUGUCUAAGGUGGACACGACUUCUUCUGUCUAACUUGGUGUGUGUAAGAAUUUCUAUUCCAAACCUCACUUGUGGGUACGUUGUUGUUGUAAGUCAAACUGAAAUAUCUCAAAACUAUAUGAAAUGAUAAUCCUAAGGGGUUUGUUUGGUUAACAAAUUAUAGAUUUAAUUUUGA